AGGCCAACUUCUUUGAGUUCGUCUUUUCCCACGCUAAACUGCGAAAUUGAAUGUGAGAAAAUUUGCAUGGGUCAGGCGGAUUCGGAACGUACGUGCCGCAGUAGCAAAGUGCACGUCAAGAUCGUCUAACAUGGGGCUACCAGCUUGCAUCUGCACCAAAGUUCUCCAACUGAUUGCCACGGUGGCGGCCCUGAUUGUAAAGCGAUUGUCGGACAAGCACUCGGAACGGGUGUUCGCCAUCAACAAGAAGCAGUCCAGGGAGUGGACCCUCCUCAACAGCAUCUCCUGGUCGAAGGAGGGCGAUGACUUCGGCACGCUGACCUUCGUGGGCUAUACCUUCAUUGCAGCUGUGCUGCUGCUCACGAGGAUCAUCGAGGGCACCUCAAACUAUGGCACCUGUGAGAUAAUUCUGUUGACCUGUGGCGUUCUGUUCUUCACCAUAGAGGGACUACUGAUAUUCUUCACGGUGGAGCAGCUGUCCGAAGAUCUGCUGAUAUUUGCCUAUGCAUUGGGAGCACUUUGCUUCAUCUGCGCCGCUCUGUUCGCCCUGGACCUGAUGUUCUUCAAGAACCUGCUGAAGCUGAGGGACUCCACCGUCCAAACAGACCAGUCGAAGGAAACAGUGGCCCUCAAGGUGUACAAUCUUUCGCAGGAACCGAAGAUGAGCUGCUGCAACAUGAUGCCCCGCACUCACAUCGUGAACGAAAGCAGCAGGAACUAUCUACGCACCGACUUGUAGACCCAAGUGAAAGAGCUCGAGAUACAUAUGUAUCUGCAUCUGCGUUACCUUUAUUGCCGUAACAUCGAAUGUAGUGAAACAAAAUAUGCAUUAUAAGAUCGUGCUGCUGAAACAACUAAUUGGACUCGUAUGUUAAUAAAGUUUUCGACAUUAAUCAACGCUAGAAGCGGCCGCCAAC